GACACGGCCGACGGCCGCAGACAGCCAGCCAACCAGCAUGACUUGUGGCUUGUCACGCGUAGUUUUCGGAGACUUUCUGUGACGGGAAAAGCGUGAGCGCCUGGAGAAAUCAUACCGGAUAGCCCGGACAUCACGAAUCCGAUCAGAUACAAGUGACGGGCUGGAUGCGGCUUGUCCGGAGCGCUCCGAUUGCCGAUGCAUUGGAGACGACGAGCGCUGCGUGCGUACCUUCCGGGGAGACCGCAGAGGCAAACAUCGGCGGCACAUCCUGCGUUGUGGUCAGCCGGCGGUGCAUCCUCACCCUGAGCUCGGGGCCAUGGAACUGCGGUCGUACCCCCCCAGCGCGGACUACCGGUCCAGCGGGAAGCGGCUAGACUGUCCGCUGUGCGAGACCGUCUCCGCCGAAGGUGUCGUCAAAGGUGCGCCGGAAGACACCGACGACUCCGGCGGGUCGCGGACCGUCGGAUGGAAGCCUUGCAGGCUCCUGGCCAACGGACACCACAAGAGCGUGGCCGACCUGGUGUCCAACGGCUACCCGCACAUCAUCUGUUCGUCGCACGCAUCGGCCAAGCGGACAACUGUUGAACAGGUGCUGCCAGCAUUUCGGAAAGUGGAGGCACCCCGUAAGUGCCACAGCCUGCCGCGCAACUUCAAGCACCGGCCAUACCAGCGCAAGGGGUCGGUGAAGCAGACGACGGCGCCAGUCCUGCGGAGGCAGUCGUCUGACGUCGUGGGACCGGCGGACUUCAAGUCCCGCUUGGAUGUCAUGAAGGAGUGGUUUAGCGACUUCACCGACGAACAGAAGAAUGCCGUACUCAAAGCACUCCUCGCCCAGUGUGGCCAGUCCCAGAACCACCUGCUGUCGGUGCUGCUGCAGCCUGUGCUGCACGAGCACUGCCCGGCCAACUGCCAGGACUGGCUGAGCGCCCUCCCCGAGGGCCCCCUCCUCCUCAUCUUCUCGUACCUGGACCCGGUGUCCCUGGUGCGCUGCGCGUCGGUCUGCCGCUCCUGGCGCGACCUCACCCGGGACCCGUACCUGUGGCAGCGCCUGUGUGCCCUGCCCCAGUGGAGGGUCGGGGCGGCCACGGAGCGCAAGCAGCUCCAGUUGCUGCGACGGCUGGACGGCCGGGUGGACUGGCACGCCGUCUUCCGCCAGCGCUUCAGGCUGCGCCGCAACUGGCUCAGGGGCAGCUGCCACGUGCGCACCUUCCACGGGCACACCCAGGCGGUGUUCUGCGUCCAGUUUGACGACACGCGCAUUGUGAGCGGCUCCUCGGACAAGACCAUCAAGGUGUGGAACAUGCGCACCAACAGCCCCUGGUCCGUCAUGACCCUGGUGGGGCACUCGGGCACCGUGCGCUGCCUCCACCUCACGGGAAACCGGCUGGUCUCUGGCUCCAGCGACUGCACCAUCAAGGUGUGGGACCUGAGCACGGAUCAGUCGUGGUCCAGCAUUGCCUGCAAGGGGAACAUGGUGGGGCACACGGACACGGUGCGCUGCCUGCAGGCCGACCAGCGCCAGGUGGUGAGCGGCUCGUACGACCGCACCCUCAAGGUGUGGGACAUGCAGACGGGCGAGUGCCUGCGCACGCUGGUCGGCCAUUCGGGUGCCGUGCUCUGCCUCCAGUUUCGGGGCGACCGGCUGGUCUCCGGCUCGUGCGACCGCACCAUCCGCGUCUGGCAGCUGGCCACCGGACGCCACCUGUCCACCCUCCAAGGUCACCAGGACGCAGUCACCUGCCUCCAGUUUGACGCCUCCCAGGUGGUGAGCGGAUCGCUGGACCGCACCAUCAAGCUGUGGAGCCUGGCGAGCGGCCACUGCCUACGCACGCUCGACUGGAUCAAGUCCGAGGGCCACACCGGAGUGGUCCGCUGCCUGCAGGCAGACCGCUGGCGCAUCGUCAGCGCCGGCGACGACCGGGCGCUCAAGGUCUGGGGCCUGGACACCGGUCAGCGGCUGGUGACCCUCAGAAACCACACGGACGGAGUCACCUGUCUCCAGUUCAGCGACUGCCUCAUCGUCUCGGGCUCCUACGACCAGACGGUCAAGCUCUGGGACUUCACAGUCUGCUGAACCAGACGCACGCGCGCCAACUCGCCUCGCCAGUUGUCCCCCGCGGAAACGCUUCAAAGUACGAGAGCUCGUCCUCUCUCGCCAUUUUGUUCGCGAGCUUUGCACUGCAGAGAUAGGUGCGACGGUCCAAAUGAAAGCCUGCGUGCCACAGGCGGCGGAUACCAUUACAAAGUCGGGCAGAGAUGCGUGGAGGUGGCAGGGGUCCGAUUCUUGGUUCUGGUGAGAGCUUCAGGUUAGACAUCAAUCGACUGGUUUCGGCUGGGCGAACUUUGUCUGCCAAUGAGAAAAGUUUGAUUUGAUAACUAGUACACAAUUAAUGUGCCGGUCCUGAGUGCUCCCUUAUCUACCGGUGGAUGUCGGCUUGUGUACGCCUGCAAACUGACACGAAAUUUCCAAAGGAAGCACGGUUCUCAAUUACUUCCUUUAUGAAAUAGCGGACGGUUAAUAUUUCAGCAAGCGUUUGUCGUCGCUUCAUUACGACACAGUUUGUAGCAAAUGGCAGACUUUUUUUUUGUCAUGUUAGCAGACUGUGCGUAGGUAUGUUCUGGAGUUAUUUUUGCCUGCAAAUGGCACCUCAUAGCAAACAAACCCCCAUUCUCCACUCGCAGACAAGUUGUCUGCCAACGAUAUCUUGGCUCGCUCUGCGAGGGUCAAACUAGAUCUCGCUCUUGCGGUGACCGAAUUGGACCCUAGGUGCCGGCUAGUGCUGACGUAGACGACCCAGCUGAACUCGGAAGAGUUGGCUGCUACGUGUCAGGAGCACCCCAACUCAGUCCGCUGGAUGUCCGUGAAGCUUUUUACACUUUCCACACCGGUCGAGGCAAAGCGACUCCCCCGCGCUACGUUUUGACGCACACGUGAGGCUUUUUUCAUAUUUUUUUUUUCUCGGUUUUGAAGAGGCCAUGUUGCUUCUUCAACAUGCAGGGUUGCGGAGGACAAGGAAUGCGCUCGGCGGAGGAUCUCCCCGUUUGUUUGCUAGAAUCGCCCGUGGCGACGCUUUUUGCUGGUUUUUUGACGGUUGUGCCUUCCUCUCCGAAUUCAGCACGAUGCCAAGUGUGAUGGUGCAACUCAAAGUUAACGCCCGUUUGCAACGUAUUCCUUCGAGGCAAUCAUGCAACCUUCUAGGCCACUCUGGAAGCAAUGCCUUGGGGAUGGCCCAGUUUUCUAAAACCAUUCAAUGGGCCUAACUUUAGAAGGAAGCAUUUACAGCUGAACAUGCGACCAUUCGUUUUUGUUUUUUUUUCGCACGCACAAGUUGAGCUCAUUAAGGGGUGCCUGCAGAAAGUGGCAUCCUUCAUCUAUGCAGUAGCGUCGGUGUUUCAAAAAAUAAAGAUGCACGCAUCUCAUCUAGUGGAUGUUAGAAUAACACUUAGUGGCGCCGACAAGGGUGUAGCAACUUUGUCGGCUGCAACUAGAAAGCAUACUACAGUUCAGUCGUUAGGGCAAAUGCUGCAGAUUACAAGAAUCUCGGAACCCUUCAAUUUAUGGUGUGAGCCCCCCUGUUCCUCCUGAAUGCAUUUUGAAGGAAGAUCACACUACAACCAAUAAAAAGAUGCAAGAAAAAACAACAAGGUCUUCGAAUGAAAUCAAAGAAGCACACACACACCUUUUACAUUUCCAUACACGAUUUUACUCUCCAACACAGAGCAACAAACUAAGGCACAUUUGGUGGUCCGAAGAUGAGACAUCGGGAGACUGUUGUCGCAAGUUUCGACCAACGCCGUGCACGCACUUUGUCGAGGACUUGGCGAGAGCACGGACAGAAGGUUUGUGCCGUCUGCCCGCGUAAUCGCGCCAAUGCGUCGGUGGCACGACCAUAAAUGUUCCCGAGCUGAGCAAACGUCUACGACAGAAUGAGGGGGGCAAAGUGACGAAACACGUAUACGACAUAACAUGUGCACACUAAAGCUGGCAUUAAAUAGGACGAGGGAGGGGGACGUGCAUAACAAAAAAAAAAUUAAGAAAUCUGGUCCGCAGUUAUGAAUGGCAGUGGCACAGACAUGACUAAAGGCCCCCCCAAAAUAAAACCCACGCGCAAUAUACCACGAACGACCGUUUUAGCACGGUCGCACUCCCACUCGAUAAUCAAUGCUUAUUUUAUUUGUGCCUGUGUUUCACAGCCAACGAACUGUUAGUAAGCAGGCAUGAACGACUCCGCAAUUGCCCGCUGCCAUGGAGCUGUCAUAGUGGACAACCGUAACUUGUUAAUGUUAACAUUUUUUUUUUUUUUUUU